GUAUCUAAGGUCUGAGGCAAAAUUCCGGCGAGGUUAUCGGGAAAGCCAUCGCGCCUUAAUCAUCUGCUGUAAUAUUCUCGGAAGAUCGCUUCAGGCGACCGGAUUCGUCUCCGGAGUGACCCGAGCAGAGACGAUUUGGCGAUGUUCAGGCUAAAUCUGGAGCGUUACGUCGGAGACUGUAGCUUUGGAAUCGGAACAUCGUUGUUCUUUUUAUCUUUCAGCUAUGUUUGAUUGGGACGACGAAGAGUUAUCGGAAAUAAUAUGGGGCGAGACUGGGGGAGAUAAUGAUCAUUUGGUUCCAUAUCCAGUUGAAAGGGAUGUGAAACCUCCAGCGUCACAUGGGGAUAGUGUUGUAGAGGAAUGGAAUAUUGAAUCUUUCAGGGUUAAGCCCGGCCACCAGAAGAAACUUGACACCAAAAGUGACUCACAUAUUAGGUUAGAAAGCAGUUCCAAACAUGCAGCAGAUGAAGCCCGUCCUGCAGUGGCUUUGAGUAUGGAUUCAUGGUCCGCCCUUUCCUCAUCCACAGAACCAUCAAAAAGUUCAACAAAAAUUUCAAAACAUGAAGACGGGUCUAUUCAACAAGGAACCAAUUCUAAGUUUUUUCAGAAGCAGCAAGAGGAUGGGGAGCAAAGUGAUUUUAUUGAUUAUGACUGGGAUAGCAUCAGAAGUUUUGAUGACCUGGAUAAGAUCUUUUGUGACGAUCCAAUAUUUGGGCAUGCAAGCCUUCCCAACACCGAUGAGCUCUGGUCUUCUACCAAGGAUCUACCAAGUAGUCCUGAGAAGCAUUUUCCCAUGUCUAUCGAGUCCCCAAAUUUGGGGUUAGGAGAACUGAGGAGCACAAUAGAAAACUUUGAGACUGAAGAAGAGUACAUGCUAGACCAAUACCAGCCAUUCUCGAGAGCUUAUGAUGAAGUGAAUAAUAUCGUGCCAAAUGUUUCAGAGAUGAUACCCACAUAUGAUGGAGACAAAGAAAUUCCCGUCGUGAAGCAACAGACAGCUUUGGAGUUAGGGGGAGAAGUCCCAGCAUUCAGUUUGCAGCUUGACACUAGAGUUAUUGGAACACCUAAUCAACCCAUGGGAAAGGAUCUGUGUGGAUCGUGGUCAACAUCCAUCAAAGAACUCAGUAGCCAAUAUGCAUCCGUGAACCAGCAAUGUCCGUCGGUUGUCCUUUCUCAGCCAAACCAUCUCCAAGGUCCACAAUCUUUGCAAUACAAUCAAAAUCUAAGCUCUCCUACGUUAGCUUCUCAUGUGCCUGGAGAUUUUGCUAAUCAGUACCAUAUGACUUUUACACCGUUCAAUGCUGGUCCCACACUAAAAAGUGUGACAAUGACGCCCCGGGAGAAAAUUGAAAAAUUAAGGAGGCGACAACAAAUGAGAGCCAUGAUUGCUAUCCAACAAAAGCAACAAGAGUUCAGCGACCAACCCUUAUCUACAAACCAUUCUAUGGAAGUUGAAGGUAGUUUUGGCCCUCUUUCUUCUGUUGUUGACCCAAAUUCGCCUUCAGAACAGAAUGGUGGUUCUAGUACAGCUGGCGUUGUGGUUGAAGAUCAUUCCGGGGAAGAAUCAGUACUUAAUCGGCUUCAGGAAAUCAUCUCAAAGCUUGAUAUACGGAUUAGACUCUGCAUCCGAGACAGCUUGUUUCGCCUGGCUCGAAGUGCAGAUCAAAGACAACACGCUGAUAAUGACACAAACAGCACAAACAAGGGCAUUCAAGAAUUAGUUGUCAACCAGGAAGAAAUAAACAGUAACAACAGUAAGUACAAGAUUGCUAGAUUGCCAAAUGUAGAGGCUGAAACUAAUCCAAUAGACCGCACCGUUGCCCAUUUGCUAUUCCAUCAACCCAUGGAAGUCUUGUCAACAAAAGCUGCAGAAUUGCCUCAGCCCCACCCUCCAGAUAAGCUCUACUAUGAUAGUGAAUCCAAGAGGAGCCUGCCCCCCAGCCAUCUUGUUACAUCUCAUGGCUUAAAAGCUCCUAGAGCUCAUGCAGAAGGGGAGCAACCCCAACACAACCCUUGCUUGGAGUCUUGUUCUGAGAAUGCAACCAAAAGUGAGGCAGCAGAUAGCGGGGUAAUGUUGGUCGGUCCGCCUUCAAAAUGAAUCAAAUGGGAGACAAGGCCAACUCGAUUCGUGCCUUCAAGAAGUGACCUUUGUAAUGUUGAAGGUACAGAUGAACUUCAUGUGAUUGAUGCCUGUCUUUUGCAUCUCUACUCUUCAUUCAAAGACGUGUUAAGAACCACACCCUCGCCUUCCUCCCCGUUCAUGGAUCCAGUAUAUUUUUAGUUUAGUAACAAUAGGAAGUGUAGCAUUAGGCUUCUCUGGGGUUCAGCGGUUUUGCCUUUUCUGCAUUAUUAUGCAUGUAUUUUGGUUUUUGAAUUAGCUCCCUUCUUUCUUGAAUAAGUGUGGCUUAAAAAAAGAUUGUUCCCAAUUAAGUCACUUUCGAUUAUCAAUAUAUAUCAAUGCUCAGUCUCACACAAUAAUCAUUAUUCAACGUU